UGUCUUUGGGUAAUAAAAGCGGCUCUCAGUAAUCGCUGAGGGAAAAUUUUUUUUUUUCUUUUUUAUGUAGUAUGUAUUCGACCCCGUACGCUAUUCACUUGGCGCGUCCCAUUGAAGGGAAUGCGGCAGCGGUGGCUUGACAGCUUGCAGCCUGAAUGGAUUUGAAGGGUGAGGGCUGUGCUGGUUUGCGGCAGCAUCAGUUUUCUUUCAGGACCCCUGGUUUGAACAGCGUUUCGAGGCUGACGAGUGCAAAGCCAAGCGCUGACAUCUGGGAUCACCUUUCCGGUAUUUUUGUAUUUACUGCAAGAGUCGAAGAUGUGAAAUACUUUCAGGAAAUAUGCUGAUAUAUAUUUUUUCAGCUAAUACGAAAGGCAACGCACUUAUAUGAGCGGCAAUGGCAUUCUGCUGGCAUAAGUGGAAGAUGUUAAACAUAUCUCAUAUACCACGGAGGCACUGAAGUAGACAUAGCCUUCUUGUAUGCAAGUAACUGCCACUGAUAUUAACUUCAUUUUGGAUUGCUUGAUUUAUGCGCUGAUAGAAAGUGGUUUGAUUUUCUUGUUUUAUUUGAUAUAGAAAUCAUCCACGGCUAUGAACUGAUUUGCCGAUAAAGAACCAUUGUCAGUAGCGUCUUUGUGUGUAUAAAUGAUAGAAGAUACAAUGACUUUGCUGUCUCUUUUGGGUCGGAUCAUGCGCUAUUUCUUACUCAGACCAGAGACCUUGUUUCUGCUUUGCAUCAGCUUGGCUCUCUGGAGUUAUUUCUUUCAUACUGACGAAGUAAAGACAAUUGUCAAAUCGAGCAGGGAUGCCGUUAAAAUGGUCAAAGGGAAGGUGGCAGAAAUCAUGCAGAAUGACAGGCUGGGCGGUUUGGACGUCCUGGAUGCUGAGUUCUCGAAAACCUGGGAAUUCAAAAGCCACAAUGUGGCCGUAUAUUCCAUCCAAGGCAGGAGAGACCAUAUGGAGGACAGAUUUGAAGUCAUCACCGACCUGGUCAACAAGAGUCAUCCAUCUAUAUUUGGUAUUUUCGAUGGGCAUGGAGGAGAGACUGCAGCUGAAUAUGUGAAGACCCACUUGCCUGAAGUUCUAAAGCAGCAACUGCUGACUUAUGAAAAGGACAAAGAGAACAGUGUGCUGUCAUAUCCAAGUAUCUUAGAACAACAGAUCCUUUCAAUUGACAAAGAAAUGCUGGAAAAGCUGUCAGCCUCUUAUGAUGAAGCAGGUACCACUUGCCUAAUUGCUCUAUUAUCUGACAAGGAACUGACGGUAGCAAAUGUUGGAGACUCCAGAGGAGUGCUUUGUGAUAAAGAUGGGAAUGCCAUUCCUUUAUCUCAUGAUCACAAGCCUUACCAACUGAAGGAAAGAAAACGAAUCAAAAGAGCUGGAGGCUUCAUCAGCUUUAAUGGCUCCUGGCGGGUUCAAGGCAUUUUGGCCAUGUCCCGCUCUCUGGGUGAUUAUCCACUGAAGAACCUGAAUGUCAUAAUCCCCGAUCCCGAUAUUUUGGCCUUUGACCUGGACAAAUUGCAGCCAGAAUUCAUGAUCCUGGCAUCUGAUGGACUCUGGGAUGCUUUCAGCAAUGAAGAGGCAGUGCGUUUUAUCAAGGAGCGAUUAGAUGAGCCUCAUUUUGGGGCUAAAAGUAUCGUAUUGCAGUCCUUUUAUAGGGGCUGCCCUGACAAUAUCACUGUUAUGGUUGUUAAGUUCAGGAACAGCACCAAAACAGGGGAGCAAUAAGCGUAACCCUUCUUAUUCCACUAUAAUGCAAGAAUUCUGAUCAUUUGCCAACACUUUAACAGACAGAACAAACUAUUAUCAAACCGAGAAAGUAAUCUUCAUUGACCCAUUAUGUUCUUAAUUUUUUUUUAAUACAUGCAGUGCAAAAACAUUUACUUCAUUGCAUAAGGUGUGGAAGAUUUUUAAUUUUUUUAAACCGCCUUUUAAACAAAAUCAGUUGCAAAGAAAACAGUGGGUAUUUUUGUAAGUUGAACCAUUUUCCAUUUCCUUAGUCUGCCAGCUAAGUGAAAUUGUAGUUCUGUAUGCAAUGUAUGUGUGUGUCUCAGCCACAUAUGUAUGUAUGGUCUGUGUGUGUGUGCUUACUACUUGUUCUCUCAUUUUUAAUGCCACUUGUUUUGCUGAUGAUGUAUGUACAUAUAUACUGUACAUACGCGCACUAUAUACAGUAUGUACACCAUACAUAUAUAUACGGUACAUGUCAAUGCAGUUUGUUAUUAAUUAAAGUUCAGUUUCACUAAAAUAUUCUCUGAGGCACUCUUAUCUUAGCUCAAUAAUAGCAGUGUUUUUUUGAGAAACCAAAUGACUGUGAACUAAAGGUGCUGAAACAAGCAGCGUACUAUAUAGUUUUCUGUGCUGAUGCUCACUUUUUCAGCAUUUUAUUUUUAGUUAAGUAAUUUUCUUGCAAUUUUGUCUAGUAUCAUGGACUUUUUUUAAUUGUUAAUAAAAAAAACGUUUCAUCUAAAAUGUUCAUACUAUAAGAACGCUCUGGGUAUAAGGCCACUUCUGUAUUGGUUUUCUACCCAGAUAUAAAACUCCAUACAAGGUAAGAGUGAAAUUCUGGUUGUCUCUGAAAAGUAUUUCUGUGAAAUUGACUCCAUUCAUUUUUAAAACACUUCUUAAGGAGCUAUAAUUUAUUACAAAUAAAGAGUAAUAAUUGCAAAGUCAAUAGGACGAGUAAGGUACGUAGAAUCAUUUCAGUAUUAGCCUAUAGGUACCGCUUUAAGCCAAGGAAACAUCUUGCUUACAUAGCUGCUGUAUAAUUGAUCAGGAACUAGCUGGUUAUUUUUCUAGAAUAUGUUUUAACUUGUAAUCAUAACAAAGUUUAUCUGGUCUUGAACAUAAGUUCAUGUUUACCAUUUUCCAAAAUUUGUCACUCUUUAAAUGAGACCAGACCAGAGUCUAUCUAUUAAAACAGCAAAGAAAAUUUGCCUGCGUGAUUUCCUCACUUACUAUAAUCUGUAGCCCUGGAUUUAGUAAUAUCAGUUGUUUUAGUACUUAAAAAAGGAGAUUGCAACAUGGUGCCUAACCUGGGUGCACUUCAUGUAAUGUUUUGCUGCUUGGUCUAAAAUAAGCUUUUGGCUCGUAAUAAACAUACACAACGCAGUGCAAUUGCUUUACUGUUUACUUGCUUGCAUUUUGAGGAUGUGAUUUUUUUCCAAGGUAUAAUUUUUUUCUUGACAGUUUUGCCUUUUUUUAAAAUAAAAUUUUAGAUAAGGUUCUGACCAUCUGUAUGAUUUGUUUUAGCCAUUAACAUAAUUACACUGCUAGUGUGUCUUUCGGCAGAUACAUUUUGGAAGUUUGACAACUUUGAGGUUGGCUUCAUCUGGAAGCAGAGUGCCAUUUCAUCUUGUUUUGUCUUCUACAAUUUUUAUUUGCACACCGUUUUAUAAAUUAAUAAGAACAUGAUAUCAGUUUUGACAAGAACACACCAUUUGGCAUACCUCGGCAUUUCAGUUUGUCAAACGUUUGUAAUAUUUCUUCAAGUAGAAAUAUAGAGGUCCCCAAUGCUACCACAGUACUACAGAUUAAUGUUAAUUCAGAUACAUCUCUCUUGUAGCAAGCAAAUUCUGAAGUGCAUUUUCACAUCAGUUGACUAUUAAGAGGUAAACAAAAAGUAGUAGGUGCCUUCAUGGGGUAAACCAAUAAAGAAAAUCAAUGAAUAUUUGUUUUAUAUACUGUAGUGCCUUUUAUCAUAACAUCGAAAUGCUCCUGGAGCCAGAGAGCUGACACAUGUUGCAUGUUCAUUUGUACAUGUGAGUAAGGAUUUCACUGUACUCGGUACACAUGAUAAUAAUGACCCUAUAAACCUCUAAUAAUUCUAUAAGCAAGUUAAAAGUAAUUAAAAUAAAAGACAGAGAAAAUUUUAAGUAGCUACUAGGCCUAAACUCAUUUAAAGCUAUUCAUCCCACGCCAUGUGGCCAGACACACAUGUUAAUGAGUGUGAUUAGAAUACUUGGAGGGUUUGGAGUGUUGUGGGAUGGUGUCCCACACAUGGCCAAAAGGGGUUGCACGCUCCACCGGCUUGCUCAGAAGAUACUCACCCCAGACCAGCUUGCCCCAAAAACUACCUGCAGGCUUCAGCAUAGCUAGGCCCAAAGUGGGGAAAACUUGCUUAAUAGUUCAAAAUAUAAAGAAAUGUCCCAGAACAUAUCAAAAAGCCUCACAAGAGAGAUUGCCAUGAACUUGCACGAAAGGACAAAUAAAUGAUCUUUAUAAGUAAAGGAUUUAUUUGAAUAAAUUGAAGAAAAUACUCAAAAGAGCAAAAAUAUGCAAAAAAAAAGUUGCCUAAAAGGUAAUCCAACAACAAUCAAGUCCCAAUAUACAUUUCUAAAGUGAAAUACUCAAACAGAAGCAAGAAGUCAGAAAAAAACAGAAAAAUCUAUAGAAAACAGCAAUAUGUACAAGUAUAAGUUCAGUGAUCUCUGAGUCCUGUCUGCUCUCACCUUAAAUAGCCAGAGACAGGGCUCAGAAAUGGUGAUGUAAGGGUGGCCCUGCCUCCUGGGGCUCCAGCCACAAAAUACAAGUAAUGGAGGCACAUUUAAAAGGGGCAGUGAAUAAUUAUAAGCAAAACAGAAAAUAAAUAAAAAUGUGUAAAAUAAUUAAAAAUGACAAAAAUAACAAAUAUUCUGCGUUAAUCAGUUUUACACAGUUGUGUACUGCAAGCUGAACUGAGAUUCGUAGAAUUGCUGCCCGUAAUAAAGUCCAUGCUGUUUUCAAAAACAUUCAUUACAAUUGUGACUAUACUUGUGGGACACGAUUCAGCCUCUGAUUUUCGUUUACUUACACCUGAAAGGAAGGAGAGAUAUAUAUUUUGUAUAUAUUUAUUUACUGCAUGUACUAAAGUAGGAAGUGACCUGAAAGACGGAUUUUACUUUUUAUUUUAAUCAGUCAAGAAUAAUUAGGCAAUUCUGUGUGAGUGUGUGUUCCCUUUUAUGCACUGGUGUCCCAUCCAGGGUUGUUUCUUGCUUUGAGCCCACUGCCAUCAGUACAGGCUAUACCACCUGAUCCAUCAGGAUUAAGCUGGUUUAGAAGUGUGGUGUGGGGGUCAUGGUAUUUUACGAGUAAUUUGUUUUCUUGCCUAGAACUUCAUUCUAAGUGUUGAGGGCUCUUUCCAUUUUCACUUAAGCUUUAUCACACAUUUGAGAGUCCAUCUUUGUAGCUUUUGCUGUACUAGCAGCAAAACGUUACCUGCUUUCUUUUUCUUUCUUAUAAAUGUAGUAAACUGCACCACAGCUACUAUCCACAGACACAAAGGAAUAUCUGCUUUGAUCACAUCCAGAAGUGAUCACCAAAACGGGCACUUUUCAGCUGUACACUCACUUGCAUUUCAGCUGGACACAAUUUUAAACAUCUUCUGUAAAUAUCUAAUUGUAAACUCUAUGUCUGUUUGUUUGUUCGCCAAGCAAACAAAAAACGCUGAAAGGUAUUCACAAAAUACUGCAUGUGCAAUGCCACUUAACUCAUAAUGACAAUAUAGCUUAUAUGGCCCAUUGGGGAGAGGGGUUAUAAUCAGUGGGGUGGGGGUAACCUAAAAACUAGCAACAUUGUGGGGACUACAAUUCCCAUCAUUAAGAAGGCUGAUGGGAUGACAUUAUCAUUAGUGUAUACAAAUUUUUGUGCCAGCCAAAGGAGAAUCUCGUCUAAGAACACAGGUACAGCGUUUUCUCCUCAACUAAUCUAGAUGAGAGUUUCAUUGCAUCGGCGAAUUAAAUCUUUUGUCAAAGCUACAACUUUAUGUCUCAUGAUGGGUUGUUUCUAGCCAUGUUAAAUUUCAUAAAGACAGUUUUUCCAAAUUUUUUUAUCCACAUGCAACAGCAGCUACUUCAGCAAGUACUUAAUAAUUUAAGUCACAGGUAACUGAAUACCAAAAAACACUAUAAAACUUUUAGAAUUACCAAAUGCAAGAAUACCCAUAGCCAAAGUGCAGAUAUUUUACUUGACCUUAGUAGAGAGUAGCACCACCAGAGACUAGAGGCGUGUUGGUCAAGCAAGCUAAUAAGAUCUGUACUUAACUCUGUACGUGAUGAUAAAUCUGACCAACCCUGAAUACACACUGUAUGACGUUCAAAAAGUUUCUGCAGUUUCGUAUUUUCAUUGGAAACAGUGAAGGCGGGAGGAGUUGUAAUUGGGCAUGAA